AUGGCUCACCAAAUAUCCUCUGUGCCCGAUGCUCAUGAGAAUGGCAUAAACAAAAUAAGAGACAAGGGAUCUGACCUGUUGCAUGAUAGCAGAAUUGCCAAUACAUCAGAGACCGGUACGCAUCUACCCGGAGAUAACAGGAGACUGUACAAAGUAUGUUGGGAUGAUAUGACGGAAUUGGAAGACCCGGAGAAAUACCGUGCCGGUGGCUUCCACCCAGUCAAUAUCGAUACGUACCUAGAUCUCGAGGAGAGAUUUGAGGUCCAUCACAAGCUUGGCUAUGGACAUUACGGAACAGUGUGGGCAUGUUUUGAUACCAAAAAAGAGGAUUGGGUGGCAAUAAAGAUACUUCAACACCGAGACUCAAAUGAAAAUUGUCCAGAACUCAGACUACUCGAGCAGUUGGCCGGGAUAUCUGUAGAAGAGCUUGAGGAAAAUCACAUCUUUCUCGCCCGAGAAUACUUCUGGCUUUCAGGUCCCAACGGGCGACACCUCUGUCUUGUUAACCCCCUACUCGGACCAAGUAUCCGGGAUGUGGAAGAUGUUGGACUACAUACCCCUGAGUUACUUACCGACAUUUGUUUCCAAAUCUGCAAGGCCAUCAGCUUUCUACACAGUAAAGGGAUCUGCCAUGGGGAUAUAAGCCCAGGAAACAUUUUAUUUCAGCUGGAUCAGGAGGCGAUAAUGGAGGACGAACUCUCCGGUCGACAGCUGGAACGGUAUCUGGGCGAGGUACUCGCCUUCGACUUGGCCACGACUUGGGGUGGUACCACCGCGCCAUACGGCCCCGAGAAGCUGUACCUCCGGGGCUCGACAGAACAGCUGGAGCAAAAGUACAGAACGGGGAAGAUUGCAAUCAUCGAUUUUGGACUCUCAUAUCUUUCCAAAGACGACCCAAACGAAGGCCUGGAUUUCCAGAUAUCCUAUGCCGCGCCAGAACUUUUGACGACGACGGGUCAUGGUGGGCCCUCAACCGAUGUCUGGGCACUAGCGGCUACCCUCUUCGAAAUUCGC